AUGACUAUUGGGGCUACGUUCCAGAGCAAUCUUAUCUAUCGGCAGCACAGUUAUCUUCGCAAGUGACGUACGAGACCCGGCAAACAAAGUGUAAAAAGCAGUCUAAGAACAGAACAAGAUACAAACAGCUUUCCUAAUUGCUAAAACACGUAAGUUAAAUUUUUUCACAAUCCAAAAAGAAAAAGAAUAACUCAAUCGCAAGACGACCAGACUUUUCUUUUUUUUAUUAAUUAUCAUUAUUGUUUCAACAUUGACUGAAUCAUUGAUUACUUUGCAGAAUAUAGCAGCUGGUCUAAAUUUCGAAACAACGAUAAAUACUGCCGCCUGUCGGAUAGAAUGCCAUUCUUAUCACGAAUGUACACGAGAGGAUCGAAGAAUCGAUCGAUCGUACGUGAGAAACCAAAUUCCCAUAACUUGUAUUGCAAUGCACAUAAACAAGCAAAGGGGAACCAAAUAAGAAAAUCGCCUCGGAGCCUCUACCUACCUGCUGCGCCCGCCUCUGCAAUUCCUGAGUGAUGGCGGAGCUCAGGUCAGUGCAGGCUAUCGGCGAUGUCCUUGUAGUGCAAUUGCGGGACGUUGCGUGUGCAGUGACAGUGGUGUCGCUAGUUUUAUUGGUCCCGGUGGAGGUGGCAGUGAUCGAGCCGAACGAAACGGUCGACGGUGGCUCGCAGGAGGACGUCGACAACGAGGAAGAGGUCGAGGCGGAAUCCUUGCUGCAGGAAGACUCGAGGCUCGACUCUGUUUCCGUCGAGCCUGUGCUGCCCAUCGACAUCGUGCUACCCAUUUGCAUGCCCUUCGCGUUCAUUGGCUUCGUGUCUGCAAGGAUGGGGGAACACGUUUCGCGGUUAGUUUACGAUACGCGUGUUAAAAGGUGACUUUUACUUUACUUUGCGAUCAUUCGACGCACCUCCGGGCCAUUUGUAAGGAAGAGGUGGCGGUGGUGCUGGUGGACAUACGGCUUGGUGAAUCUCCACGGUCGUUAUCGUCUUCCUGUCUCCAUCCUGCGUGCCAUUCUCCUGUGACGAAUAUUACAAAGUCGAGUAUACACUGUUACUAUGGUUUAUGAUCGUUUCGCUGUUUAAUUAAGCCGCGUCGAUGACCGUGACGAUUAUGAGGAAACUCGAAGGUAGAAAGUAUUGAUCGUUUAAUUACCCAGCGGUGAUCACUAUUACGAGAGUAUAAUAGCUUUUUGGCAAAGGAGCGACUCACUUUGGUGACUCCAUGAUAGGGGGGCAUAUCAUCGGCCGGACCGUCGUAAAUGACGUCCUGUUGCCGCAUGUUGUCCCUCCGAUAAGCCAAACGCCGAUUUGCUUCGUCUCUCGGAUUGGCGUCGAAGUCGUGAACCUCGUAGUCGAUUCUUGGCGCCACCGGGUCGUAAAGGGGCUCGUUAUCGAUGUCGUCUUCGUAAUUACCACGCGAAUUCGGACGACCUGCCGCGCCCACGAACCUGUGGUUUUGGUUCUGGCUCUGAUUGAUACGGAUCACCGUGGUGUUGUUCGGUUUCCGAGUCCAUUCCUGAGACUGUCGAGUCAAUCAAUUGUUAACUGUGUUCCAGUGUUCUCUCUAUUUUCCAUUGCUUUUAUAUUUCUUCGGAGAUUCACGUACCUGAUCCACGUGAGCCCAUUCCGUGGAACUGCAGCUGCUAGUGGACAGGGCAAGCGGGCAGCAGAUCCUGAAAUAUUCACGAACACGUGUUACCGAUAACUUUUACGAAUUCGAAACGGUACUUUCUAAUUCCAAUUAGACAACGUCGUGGAAGCAAGCACGAGAUAAAGCGAGCCCGAGUGAGGCUUAAGAACAGGAUGAACGUUUAUGUGGCGGCGAGGAAUUCGUCGUGCUGCCCGGUACCAGUGAUCGUUAUCACCGCACCGUCGUAUUAAUAGACCGACUUUCUCCUUGGUGUAAAUUCGUCGAUGCCACGUGAUAACGGCCGGCAAAAAGAAAGAGAGAUAUCUAUCCAGUUCCAUAAAGCGCGCAAACGAUAUAGCUAGCCAGAUCCUGCGGCAAAGAACUGCUCAGUUGGUCGUUGUUAAUCGUAAUUGCACGUACAAUGGUCUCCGAUGGACUGUGCCAUAGUAAUUGCGUUUACAAACAUGGUCGUUUA